GCAUGCGCAUUAAAGUUUGGAGGGUAGCUGAGAGUGUCAUCGGUUGUUUUUGUUUGGAUGGGCAGCUGACAAUUGAACGACUGCCCUAGUUUUUAAUGUGGCAUGUUAUAGACGUUGCCGGAUAGCAUAUAGACAUUUUAAAACGUGACGCCACGUCUUUUCAAUGGGUGCCGUGGAAAGCACCGAAGGAGAAAGGGAGCCUUUGCUGCUUCCAUCCCAGCCGGCGACAAACACACAGCCUGUGUUGAGCAGGGUGUACGGGAGAAGAUGGUUUGUUCUCACCAUGUUUUCAUUGUUGGGUUUUAUGCAAGGACUUGUGUGGAACACAUGGGGCCCGAUCCAGAACUCCGCCAAACAUGUGUUCGAGUUCUCCUCGACAGAUAUCGCGCUGCUGGUGUUGUGGGGUCCAGUGGGUUAUCUGCCCUGGCUGCUGUUUAUGUGGUUAAUGGAUAAGAAAGGUUUGCGAGCGUCUCUGCUGCUGUCAGCAUUCUUCAUGGUCCUGGGUGCAGCGUUACGAAGUGUUCCUCUCAAAGACCUGUGCUACAGACGAUGGAUGAUUCAUGGAGGUCAACUUCUGAAUGGUUUAGCAGGUCCUACCAUUAUGAGUGCCGGUCCUCUUCUCUCUACUACUUGGUUUGCUCCUGAUCAGAGAGCUACAGCCACCGCUAUCGCGUCACUUAUUGGCUACCUGGGUUCCGCCUGUGCCUUUCUGAUUGGUCCGUUGGCUGUCCCUGCACCUAAUGGCACUGUGGGAAGCACCGUUUACUGGACCCAAAACCACAUCGGAGACAGGAUACAGUUUGUUCUUUACGCAGAGGUUGGGAUGAUUGCAGCACUUUUCGUGGCUGUGCUGUUCUACUUCCCCUCCAGGCCGCCCAUCCCUCCCAGCGUGGCAGCAGCUAGCCAACGUCUCAGCUACAGGAGCAGCAUCUGCAGACUGCUGAGCAACAUGCGUUUCCUGAUGAUAGCACUCGCCUACUCCGUGCCCACAGGGGUUGCUGCCGGCUGGGCCGGAGUGUUGGACAUGAUUUUAACACCUGCUAAAGUCAGCCAGGUGGACGCGGGCUGGAUCGGGUUCUGGUCCAUCGUUGGAGGCUGUGUGUUUGGCGUGGCCAUGGCGAGGUUUGCUGACUAUAUUCGAGGAAUGCUGAAGCUAAUUUUGGUGCUGAUGUUUGCCGGAGCAUCCUUGGCGGCCACCUGGUUCACUCUCACCUGCCUGACCAGGCUUACUCACCUGCCCUCCACUAAAGCUACUCUCUACACCUCCUGCAUCCUGGUGGGUAUCUUCAUCAACAGUAGUGUGCCCAUCUUCUUGGAGCUGUUCAUUGAGACGGUUUACCCUGUUCCUGAGGGCAUCACCUGCGGAGUGGUCACCUUCCUCAGCAACCUCUUCACUGGACUUCUGCUGUUUUGCCUCACCUUUUACUUUACAGAGCUGUCCUGGUUAAACUGGUGUCUGACAGGCUCCUGCAUCUUCAGUCUCCUGCUCCUCCUCUUCUUCAGGGAAUCAUACGACCGCCUCUAUUUGGAUGUCUUUGUCUCUGUCUGAGCGCACCGCGAGAGUUUUUUUUUUUUUUUCAAAGGCUUGUCUUUACAUGGGCACGGUAUUCCAGCAGAGUGCAGAGAAAGGGCACACAGCAUGUUGCUCACUUUCAUGGAUCGGUGUUGUUGUUUUUUUGUUUUUUGGUUUUUUUGAAAGAAUGUUGUAAUUGUGAAAUAUAUGACCAGCGGUGGUGGCAGUGCAUUGUGUUAGCAUCAUAACUAACAGCGGGAACUGAGACCCGACUAAGGAGGGAAGAAGUGUAGAUGCUGACCUUUCUACUUGACAUUUUGCCUUCUGGAUGCAUCCCUUUUUUAUAUUUUAUUUGACUUUUUUUAUUUGUACCUUUUUUAUUAUUUUUUAAAAAUAUGAUUAAUGGAAGUUAUGUGUUUACAUACUGGCACAAUAUAAGAGACUUUUAUUGCAUAGAGAGGCACAAGCGGGGCUACUUACGGAUUUGGCAUUGCCCCAUGGUGAUGACUCCUCUAGUGCUCUCACCACAUCUAAUGGGAGUGUAAUGGAUAAUUAUAGACAAGCUCAAUUAGCCGCCUGGCGAGAGCUACGGCCGCCUGUGGAACGGGGACCUCCUUAGAGCUGUAGUGUCACUUGUGAAUAGCCUGUGGGAUCCGAGCUUUAAUUGACCUGUGAUAGGCUGUCAAUAAGUGGCAUACGCUGUGGUCUUCUUGUUUUUCUUAUCAACCCAUAUUAUGCAAAAGAUAAUUCCCUCUGCUGUGGGGUUUUGCUACUCACCUUGCAGCCGUUAAGUCCGAUUCUGAGUCAUGUUACCUCGAGGCAUCUGAGGUCACAGUUUACGUGAUGAGGGGAUCUAUAGUAUUCAUGUUUAGGUAGGUCUUUGUGUUCGUCCCAUUCUCAUGUUUAUAACUGUAGCAUGCGCACAGUGGCUGUCUGUUGCACAAGCCUUUUAGAAUUUUAUGCAAUUGAUCAUGCAUUUAGCUGUAAUUUAUUAACUCGUUUUAGGGAUUAAUACACUAAAGUGGACUAUAAGGGAUUGUUAAUGGUCUGAGUACUGUUGCAAGAGAGCGGGUUAAACACGGUGUUAUGGUAGUGCUGGAACAGUACAACACUAUUCACCAGCAAUAACAGCCAUGUUCGGGAGCCUUUCGUGAUUUGUGGCGUAACCUAAUGCAAAAACGAGUGCAAUACUCUCUCUCGAGUUUAAAAUAUAGCCUGGCGUAUGACCCCGUGCGCCUACCGGGCUGUUCUCUCCUGCAUUUUUGAGAUUUAAAUCUCCAUUUGAAUCUGGUCUAGUUUGCCGCGUUCACCUGGUGAAAUUCAGCAGCUUGAGACUCGCUGUUGGAUUUAGUGUUGAUUUCAGUGGAACUGAUUGACGGACAAGGAAAAGCAUUUUAUGGACACGUUUCCAACUGAGAACUUUGGACUCUCUUUCAUAAACGCGCACACACACACACACACACAUACGGUUCUGUUCUCUGGGAAAAGCCUGCAUGUGAAUCACUUUCCGUGUCUUUGUACAGAACGGUUCUCUAUUUUACCUGUCGUUAACGUUGCCUUAAUUAACCGUGACCUUUGUUCUGUCGUCCUCUCCACUGUGAUGUGCGUGCCGUGCUGCAGUCGGUGCUUGUGCUCUGUUCUGUCACUGUAAUUUUAAUUGUAAGUGGCACUGGAGAGGCGUACGUGCCCCUGUCCAUGUGCAGAUACAUGUCAAAGAUUUUUAGCACCUUAUUAAAAAUGUUUUUCAAAAGGAA